AUGGAAAUUCCCAUUUUACAGUUCCAAAUGUCAUUAACAAAAUUUUUAUUUGUUUGUUCUACUGAAUUGCAUAAAGAAAUGUUCCAGUUGUCUUUACAUCAUUUCCCUUCCAGACCCUACUCGCAAUUCAGGGAGAUUUAUCAAGCUGUGUUGACUUCAGAACCAGUGGCAACUCAAACCAUAAUCCUUCCACAACAUUGUAGGAACUCGCUUGAAAGAUUAACAAACAAAAAAUCUGAUCAAAACGGUGGAAUGAGACAACAAAAGUUCUCGAUCGCGUGA